AUAAAGCGCCGACAUUGUACUGAGGCAGUGCGUCAUUUGUACUGUUAUACGCGAGUCGACACCUGCGGUCGCGCCUCGCGAGUCCGCCGCCAGCUCGACGACGGGACUCGGACGCGUCUCCUCGCGCUCGUGUUGUCCCCGGCAAGAGAUGCGACUCUUGUGAUCCCAGGCGCGAUCGUCGCAGGACACCAUGGAGGGAAAGGGAGAGAGGUCCGUCGAGAGGCGGCCGCGCACGGUUUUGAAUGAGGACCUGGAAUUUUGGAUGACUCGGCUUCCGGCGCCACUCAAGAAUGUACCCAUAAUACAUCUGGCGAUACCCGGUUCUCACGAUACCAUGACUUACACGAUCGAGAGGCGCAGCGACGUGGGGCCGGACGAACCUGCCUUCAUUCGAACGCUCGGUCGUUACUGCUCAUUCGUUGCCAAGCCCAUUAUUUUAAAUUGGUCUAUUACACAACGCGAUGAUAUCAAGCAGCAGCUUAACGGCGGAAUCCGAUAUUUAGAUCUGCGCGUCGCCACGAAGCCGAGAACCAAUAAUAUAUACUUCCUUCACGGGCUGUACGGCGCGGAAGUGAGCAAGCCGCUUCUGGACGUGGCCGACUGGCUCACCUCGCACGCGAACGAGAUCGUUAUCCUGGACUUCCAGCAUUUCUACGGCUUUACGGAGCAGGAUCAUCACCGUCUUAUAGACAGAGUAAUCCAGAUCUUCCGCGGCAAGUUGUGCCCAGUCUCGUCCAGAUUCGAUCACAUAACGCUGCAGUGGCUGGUCCUCAAGAGAUACCAGGUGUUCGUGAUUUACAGGAACGUUUACGCGCGCAACUACGCGAAUCUGUGGCCGUCCGGUCUCUGGCGUACCGUGUGGCCCAACACCGUCCGCGUGGACGAGCUGAUAGACUUCCUGAAUGUCGAGCUACAGAGCAGGCAGUUGGACAUUGCGUUCAUAUCGCAAUGCCUCCUGACGCCGGAUACGUCCUACGUCGUAAAACAUUUGUGCGGCACCCUGCAAAGGGAUCUGGUGCCUCGUUGCCAGAAAGCGAUUCUCUCUUGGAUAAGCCAGAAGCGUCCCGGCCGCGGCGGGCUCAACAUAGUCAUAGCGGAUUUUGUGUCGGAUAACAACUUCCUGUUUUCCAAAACGGUCAUCCAGAGUAAUACGAAACUUCUGCACAGUCCGGAAGUUCCCUAGUUUAACUUUACCUCUUCUCCCCGCCUCGGAAUGCAAAUAACGUAUAUAAUGAUAUAAUAUUUUUAUCUCUCUCCGUGAAAAGAUUACAUUUUCACGAUCGAUAUACUCGCUUAUUAAUGACUAUUAAUCUUAUCGUCCAAAAUAAGUCGUUCAAUACGUGCUGAAAGUAUUCAACUUCGCACUUGGCAUGAAAAGUCACAAUAAAGUUAACACAAAGAAAUUAGAUUAUUAAUAACAUUUAAACUUAAUAUGUAUAUUUUUAAAUAAUCGGUCUAUUGCUCAAACAGUUUUACAUAUUUAUGAUGAGCAUUAUAAUAUUACAAUUAGAGAGGUUUAUGCAUACUUUGGCACAUUGCUUGGAAAACGAUUAAUUAUUAUCAUUAUGUACAGUAAAUAAUAUAUUUUUAUUUCGCACCUUUUAAACGUAAGUCCGACUUUUAUAUUUCCAUUUAUAUCAUGGAUGUAAAAAGUAUUAAACUCAUCCAAAUAAUUAUACCAUUGGAUGAAAUUGCAAUAAUGUAAGUUACUGAAUUAAUGACGCAUUUAUCUCAAAUGCGAGAAAAAGAAAGUAUUUUGCAGUGGGGAAUCUCUUUAGGACAUAAAUGUUGUUUUAAUGCCAGUGUUAAAGGAUAACGAUUUUAUGGAUAUCAUAUCAGCUUGAAAUAAAGCGUUAAAAAGAGGUAUGACAGUAUAAUAUCAUAUAUGCAUGUAUAGUAUACGCUAAAUUUUAUUAUUCUUGUUUCAACAGGGAAUAUCAUAUAUCUCUAUGAUAUUUAAGUAUGUAAGCUGGCAGUGUGUAGGGCAAAUAAAAUAUACGUCACACAACAAA